AUGAUCAUGCCUGUGCGGCCGUGCUCUGCGGUCCAUCAUGUAGCACAACCAGUCGGAAGGCCCAACACGAAGCAGUACAUCGUGCAUCUAUCGUCGGUGCCGUCAGUGCUGUCGUACCGGGGGGGAGUCCACGGGCUGCGGGCCACAGCAACCGUCGACGAUGAGGACGACGAGUAUGAGGACGAGGAAGACGUGGAUGACUUGGAUGAUGAGAAUCUCGUGGAUGGAGAUGCUAUUGGUGAUGGCAAUGGUGGCAUGGGUGGAAGCGGUGUCAAUGCCACUGCACCAGGAUCAGCACCAGAAGCAGAAUCAGGGGCAGCAGCAGCAGUGGCAGAAUCAGAAGUGAAACUGACAACGUCUGAAUCUGGUGACGAUGGCUUCGAUGCCGAUAUUCACUUUGCAAGUGCGGCUGCUGCAGAGGCGGCAAUGGAGAUGGCAGGAGUGGUAACAGGUGCAGGAGCAGCUGCAGGAAAGGAGGGGAUUGCAGGGGUAGCAGCAACGGCUGUAGCAGGAGGAAGAGGGGUGGGAGGAGGAAGCAGAGGAGGAGCAGUGAGGGUGAGCGCACUGCCGUUUGGGCGAACCGGGGUGGAUGCGCUGGUGGAGAGGGUGGCUGUUUCUACUACUACUGCCAACGCCGUUCAUAGCACGUCAGCAGCAGUGCUGACGGUGCAGCAGCUGAGUGCACGUGCCGCGCGCAUCAUGCGCUCAACGCCGUGGGGCCGACUCAUUCGCCCCGACGUGCGGUUACCACACGUCCAGGCCUUCACCCGCUUCCUGGAAGCUUCUCACCGCAGCCUGCUGCAGUCGCUCAAGAUCCCUUCCUCAGCCAUUUUCCACAGCUACACAUAUCUGAUGAACAGCUUUGCAGCGCAACUGACUGCUUCUGAAGCAAGGCGCCUCAAAUUGCACCCAGCAGUGGCAGAGGUGGAGAGAGACCGCACAGUGGAAGUGGCCUCGGUGCACUCCCCUGAGUUCCUCAAGCUCGACUCAAGCCUGUGGCCGGCGAAUGGCGGGCAGAGCAAUGCGGGAGAGGGAGUGAUCAUCGGAGUGAUCGAUUCGGGGAUCUGGCCCGAACACCCCUCCUUUUCUGACCUUUUUAAGGAUUUCCAACCGUUCCAAGCCAUCCUCUCCUCUCCUCCUCUCCUCUUCUCCUCUCCUCCUCUCCUCCCUUCCUCUCCUCCUCUCCUCCUCUCCUCCUCCUCCUCUCUGCGAAGAGACACAAGUGGAGUGUCUUACUCCACUGCCCCGGUGCGUUGGAGAGGCGUUUGCAGCAAAACAGACGACUUCACUGCGUGCAGCCGCAAGGUGGUUGGGGCGAGGUACUUCCUGAAGGGUGCGGAGCGGGCGUUUGGCCAGGUGAACACCAUGGACGAUUACCGGUCGCCACGACAUGCUCGCCUUGCAGGACAUGCUGCACAUGCUGCAGCACAAUACGAGGUGUGCGAGGUGAGUGGAUCAGGCAAGUGCAGUGGGCAGAAGCAUGGUGUGGAGGUGACAAAGGGAGGCCAGACUCACGGCACAGCCUCGGGCAUGGCAUGGGUGCUACAGAAAUUCCACACCUACCUACUCGCCAUCACUCCCCUACCCUCCUCCCUUCCCCUUCAGAGUUGCUGGUGGAAACGCAGAGCUGCUGCCGGGAAUGCAGGUGUGGAGGUGACGGUGGGAGGCCGGACCUUCGGCACAGCCUCGGGUAUGGCUCCCCGAGCCAGGCUGGCAGUUUACAAGGCACUGUGGAUGGCCCUUGAUAUGAAAUAUGGGGUGAAGGGAAAAGGAUCGACUUCUGACCUCAUAGCUGCUGCGGAGAAGGCGGUAGCUGAUGGGGUGGACGUGAUAUCGUGCUCGUGGGGAGGCCUUGCCCUGUACUUCCAAGACCUGCCUUACUUGAGAGGACUCAAGAACUUUCAGCCUGCUGCAGAGAAGGCUGUAGCUGAUGGGGUGGACGUGAUAUCGUGCUCGUGGGGAGGCCUUGUGUUGUACUUCCAGGGCUUGCCAUACCUGCGAGGUCUCAAGCAUUCUCAUGCCUCCCAUUCUACCAGGCUGGAUAGUCAUAACCCAUGCAACAUCCUCAUGCUUCCUAUUCUCACCCUCCCAUUCACACCCUCCCGUUCUAACCCUCCCAUUCUGACCCUCCCGUUCUCACUGCAUUCUCACCCUCCCAUCACCACCCUCCCGUUUUCAACCUCUCAUUCUCACCCUCCCAUCCUCAACCUCUCCCUCCUAUUCUCACCCUCUCAUUUUGCCCCUCCCAUUCUCACCCUCCCAUUAUCACCCUCCCGUUAUCACCCUCCCGUUUCCAACUGCUCAUUCUCACCCUCUCAUUCCCACCCCCACUCUCCCAUCUCACCCUCACCAUCCCAUUCUCACCCUCUCAUUCCCACCCCCACUCUCCCAUCUCACCCUCACCAUCCCAUUCUCACCCUCUCAUUCCCACCCCCACUCUCCCAUCUCACCCUCACCAUCCCAUCCUCACCCUCUCAUUCCCACCCCCACUCUCCCAUCUCACCCUCACCAUCCCAUCCUCACCCUCUCAUUCCCACCCCCACCCCCACCCUUCCAUUCUCACCCUCACCCUUCCAUUCUCACCCUCACCAUCCCAUUCUCACCCUCCCGUUUUCAACUGCUUAUUCCCACCCUUCCAUUCUCACCCCCACCCUCCUAUUCUCACCCUCUCAUUUCCCCACUCCGAUUCACACCCUCCCAUUCUCACCCUCACCCUCCCAUUCUCACCUCCUUAAUUUUCCCCUCCGAUUCACAUUCUCCCAUUCUCACCCUCUCGCCGGGGUGGUCACGGCCUUUGCAGCCGGAAAUAAGGGUCGACCCAAACGCAUGAGCAUGCAGGGCGCGCUUUCUAAUGCCUCCCCCUUCUACCUCACAGUGGGAGCAAGGAUUACACAGCAGUGCUCACCCUGGGCGAUGGAACCACCUUCACAGCACGCAUUCAGUCUCCCUUCCACUCAAGUCCACCCUCCUUCUCCCCCUUGCACCACUGCUCCAUCCCUCAACAUCCUGGGGAGGGAUUACACAGCAGUGCUCACCCUGGGAAAUAGAACAAAAUUUCCUCGUCACCUCCCCAUCCACCCCCACCGCCCACCACCGCUCCCCACUGCUCCCCACCGCAGCACCAUGGGGCGGGAUUACACAGCAGUGCUUAACUUGGGCGAUGGAACCACCUUCACAGGACGCAGCCUCGGCGGCAACACUGCCACGGCGUCACCGCUGCCCCUCAUGCUCGCUGGAGAUUACACGACUGUGGGCCUUCCGGAUGAUGUGAGCUUGAAUGAGCUGGGAGCGGCUGCUGUACUCGUUUUAAACGCGACGGUGACGCGCGAAACGCAGUACCGCGUCCCAUUCUCAAAGACCCCGGCCAUAUUCUUAGAGAAAAGGCUUCAGUGGUUUAUUGAGGAGUAUAUCAGAGCCGCAGGCAGUCCUUCUCCACAACUCUCCUCCAAUCUUCCUCCUCUCUUCCCUCCUCCCCCCCCUCCUAUCUUGUACCCUCUCUUUCCUCCUAUUUCUCCCCUCAAACCUCCUAUCUUCAUCCCUCUCCUCCCGCCUCGCUCCCUUGAUCGUAUACCUCUUCCCUUCCCACCCCUCUACUCCAAUCCUACACUGCCUCUUGGUCGACAAAUCUCUUUCCCUUCCCUCUGCCCCCUUGUCUCUUGCAACGUCCCCCUUCUCCCCCCCCUUCCCCCUUUCCCUUCCCCUCCCCCUUCUCCCUCCCCUCCACUCUCAAUCCAUCUUCACACCCAUGCUUUCCACUUUCACCAUCUACCAGUCCUCAACUUCUCACUGCCUCCCCCUCCUUCCCCUCUUUCCAAUCCCCUCCCACCAUGCCAAUGCAGCCCCACGGCAACACUUUCCGCUUUCACUGUCUCGUAUGAUACCAAUGCCCCCCAAGUCGCUUACUUCUCCUCCACCGGCCCGCCGCGCAGCCCACUCUACCCGCCCGCGCUUCUAAUCCGUGACUACCCGACAAACGACAUCCUUAAGCCCGACGUCGUUGGGCCGGGGUUCCAACUAUGGGCUGCAGGUCCGGGUAAAACAGCUGCCACCGCUGCGACCGACCUGCCGGAGUUUGGUUACAAGUCCGGGACGUCAAUGUCAACGGCGCAUCUGGCGGGGAUCAUGGCGCUGAUUGUGCAGAACAAGCCGAGUUGGUCCCCCUCGCAGGUGAUUUCCGCGAUAACCACGACUGCGUACACGAGGAAUAAGAAUGGGCAGCCGAUUCAACGGGCAGAUGGAAAAAACGCGAACGGGUGGGACUAUGGAGGAGGUCAUGUGGAUCCCACGCGUGUCUUGGACCCGGGGCUCACGUUUCAUGCAGCUCACAAGCACUUCGUGAAUUUCCUUAUGAUGAGGGACCCGAUAAGAACGAAGAAGCGAUUCUGGCGCAUGGGAAAGGCGCAUCCGAUUCUACCCUGGAACCUCAACCGCGCCUCAAUAGCGGAAGAUCACCAUUUUUCCCGGAAAGAUGAGGGGUUUUAA